AUGACGUCAUUGCGAGGUGGAAAGCCUGCGCCGGUCAUAGUCCGUUACGUAACCGCAGCCGGUCGUCGCGGAAAUGAAAAUAGAGGAAAUUCGUCUGCAAUUGUAGCGUCCAUCUCAUCUCCUCCCACACGGAGCAGGGUUUAUAGUAAAAACGUCCCAGGAAGGAAAACACCCUCAUUGGACUGGAGAAGAAAGGCUGAGCCGUCCAGAGGAGCAACGAGAGGGAGCCCGUGCGCGAGCGUUGCGUCCGUUUCAUCGCAGCCGAUGACGAAGACCAACGUUUCUAAUCCUAGAGCUCCGUUCGACUCGGGACGAGGAAGAUUGCCAUUCUCUAUCGUUGAACCUGACGGAUGUUGUCUCUUCCUGAACCUGGCGAAUUUUCUACCGAGGAAGUCGAAGCGAAAACAGUUCUUGAACGGAAAGCUAGUCUCGGUUCUCGUGAAUAUUUGCGGAGUUUCACGUUCUUCUCGUGAAUCCAUUACUUCUGUCGGGAUACCGUGUGGAUCUACGGAACACGAAUCGAACUUCCCAUUGCCACCUCUGUGUUUGGCGUGCGGCGCUUUUUUGGACAUCAAGUCUAAAAUGAGUCUUUCGACCAAAGAGGAUGCUCAGCAAGGCGUGAAACCAAACGAGGGAAAAGUCAAAAGCGGGCGUAAAUUUACGGACUCCAGAUCGUAUCCCAAGAACUUCCCGCCUUGGCACGACGGAUUCAUCAACGGCCCCAGCAACGUGCCAUACUGGAACAACUUUCAAAGUACUCCGCGAAGCUCUGAAUGGUUGGAUGACUACAACACAAACAAUGCCUACCCCUACAAUCACAGGCCUCACAUGUACCGAGGAAUUAAUGAGUGGAAUGUUUCUAGUGAUCCUCAAAAUCUAAAAAGAACCGUCAGCUAUUCUACGCCGCAUGCUGAUCGAUGUGCCCCGGAUACCGACUCAGUGACUCACAAAACUUCGAAGACUUCGGGAAAUGCAAAAUGUCUCAUUGACUGGUCGCUGUACAGCAUUUUAGACGCAUUGCUGUCCAAUGAAAACGGAUCCAUGAAACCGCGAAUGCUAUUCAGAGAAGCAUGCGUGGAUCCCGUUAAUUUCAAUGAGCUAAUGGUAAAUUAUCCUCAAGUUCUCCGCUUGAAUCUUGGGCCCAAGACCAGUAAUCGGGAUGGGAACCGGAUUGGCCACAAGCAGGCUCUCAUUCAAUUGAAUCCUGUUCUAAAAUUUUGCUCUCAUUACCUCGGGAAGAACGGCUGCCAGAAAAAGUUUUGUCGGGGGUUGCACUUGUGUAGUCGAACUGCUGUGCAAGACUUAUGCGAGAAGUUCAAUUGCGGAUUCGAGCACGACGUUUUGUCAAAACGUAAUUCUCGUGUUGUAAGAGAAGCGCUGAAUAUCUCAGACCUCAAAACGAUUCCUUGGGCCACGCUCAGGGAAUUUGUGAGUUUCUGUUGGAGACAGUCGCAUGGCGAAGUCGUGAACGACCGCGUUUCAGAAGAUGAUGUGAUCACUACCCAGUCCAUCUCCCAUGUGUCGGAAUCCGAGAAAUCUACUGCUGUAUCUCAGCCAGCGUCAGAUGAUGGAGGAAGUCAGGCUGCUGGUUCUGAAAAGCUGUGCAACGACGAUGAGGAACUUUGUAGCAUUCCCCCGGAAACAGAGAAUUUGAGUGAUGCGUCUGCUGGUGAUGAUCGCAUAACAAAUGACGAUUUGGCACCUGAGCCCGUCGAACCGAAGCGAAUUCAAUGGCAGAUUCUUUCUCCGAAAGGCGUUUGGAUCAAUCUUUGUGCCGAACAAGGGGAGGGCCUUGAAGCUGCUUUCGUCCACCCAGACAUGAACGAUGUUCCGCUUAGAAUGUUGUGGAUGACGUCAACUUGCGUUGAUCAAGAAUUAGUCGAAUUGCUGGGUUGUGACGUUUGGAAGGCUGAUUUCAACUCAAUGACCCUCACGUUCUUGGAUACUCAAAAGACUGGACCGAGCUUCGAACUUCGCCGGUUGUCCCCGUGUGAAAAUAAAAGAAUGAAGUGGUACUUCGAGGUAGACAACAGAUGGAUUGAGUUCAAGUCGGACGAAGCUUCUCUACUUCACGAUGAUGAUGGCAUGAUCGGCUCGGACGACAUCGAGGAACAUAUCCGAGGUCAAUUGUUGAAACUUUCCCGAGCGACUGUCGAAAUCAGCGCGGAUAGUUUCAAGGGUGUGAAACCACUGAAGUUUGGGAAACUCGAAGAUCGGGAGAUCGAUUUCUCUACAAUGCUUGAAAUCAAACUCACUGAUGGAACAAGCCGGAAGAUUCGUCGACGCCCAAAACCAAUUCCGGAUCCUGAUUCCUGAACGAAGCUUUUGUCGCGAACACUGCUGCCGAAGGAAAUUGACGCUACAAUGCAAAGGAAGAUUUUCUUGAGGUGCUCAUGUUAUGGAAGAAAAUAGGUUCGUGUGCUGCGUUGAGUUCGACUGAAUGAGACACGAAGAAGUUGUGUACAUUACUCUGUUUUUCGAUUUGUGUCAGAGCGUGUAGACUAAGUUGAAUUGAGUUCCAUGCCCAGACAUCUGAACUGACUUCGUGAAACAUUUUUCAGUUUGAUACUGCGUUUUUCCGAGAGAAAGAUAAUUUGUGAGGGAACAAUCGCACGCGAGUAAAUAGAUUAUCGAUGAAGACUAGGUUGAUGGUUGUUCAUGAACAGGAAGAAAGAAGGUACUGUUAAAGGGCCCGGUUACACAUAAUACGUAUCAAUAAUACGUUUUCUCUAAUUUUGCUACCGUGUUUUAUCGAUUCGUCUUAUGUUUUGGCAAGCGUGUUGGUAGCAGGCAGAAAUUGCCACGGAUGAUUUGUUUCUAAUAUCCAGCUCGGUAAUAAAAAAAACUUUGAGAACCGAA